AUGAUUUGGCCCGACAAGGGCUUGUUAUCCCAAGCGUGGGAAAGUGAUACUGAGGUCCGUCAGUGUUUCCGGGCCGCCAAAUCACACUUGCUGGUCUGGCCCAGUGUGCAGUUGGUGGGGGCAGUUAGCAUGAAGGCACUUUCCAUGAAUGUGCCAGCUGUCAAAGUGGCCUUGCAGAUUUGGGGAGAUUUCAGCGAGGAUUGCAAGGCCAUGCCUAUCGACUGGUUGAAACAGGAGGUUCAGGAGUUACACCUGUUGCUCAACCCGGCCACCACGAACCGUGCGGUUGCUGUGUAUGUCGAUGCAUGGGGUGUGAAGAGACUGUCGAGCCUAGCUAUGCGUCGAUGGCGAUCCCCCAUUGGACAACUGCGAGAUUCUCUGCAUAAUUUCCAUUAA